AUGUCCUCAUCACCAGAUCUUCUCCGCACCGCUCUCGCGCCCUGCACCACGUACGCCUUCGACCUAGACGACACGCUCCACAGCUUCCGCGCCGCUUCGUCCGCCGCGGCGACGGCCGUCUUCGAGUACAUAGUCGCCAGCACCAAUACUGAGAACCCCACCCUUCUUCACCAGCCCGGCGACAAGGCUGCUGCCACCACCACCAUCGACGUCCCCCGCCUCCGCGCCCUCUACGCCACCAUCCUCAAAGCCAAAACCGCCAACGCCUUCGCCGACGGCGCCACCCGCACCAGCGACGACUACCGCAAAGAGCGCUUCGCUGCGCUGCUGCACGCCGCCGGCCUCUCGUUGGCUGAUCCCCCUUCUCCUUCUCCUCCUUCUGCUCCCUCCUCCUCACCCUCCCCCAACGACGCCACCGACGAACUAGAACUAGAAUCUUCCCCUUACCUCACCGCCCUCGCCGCAACCUACAAGACCGCCCUCCGCGCCUCGCUCGCCCUCAAGCCCGGCGCCGCGCCGCUGCUGCGCGCGCUCAAGGCGCGGCCGGGCCGCCGCGUCGUCGUCGUCACCGAGGGCCCGCGCGACGCGCAGCUGUGGACGUUGCGGGAGUUGGGGUUGCUAAAGGAAACCGGUGGGUUCGUGGACGAGGUGGUGACGACGGGGGAUGUGGGGAGGGCGAAGGUGGAGGAGGGGUUUUGGGGGGAGGUGUUGAGGAGGGUUGGUGGUGGUGAUAGGGUUUUAAGGGCUGAGGAGGUUGCGGUUGUGGGGGAUAGCUGGGAGAGGGAUGUGGUGCCGGCGAGGGAGGCGGGGUGUGUGGUUGUGUGGUAUUGUGAGGGUGGUGGUGAUGGGGCGGGAGCAGGAGAGGGGAGGGAUGGCGUGUUGAGGGUUGAUGCGUUGGAUAGGCUUAGAGAGGCGGUUGAGACGGAGAGUGGUGUAUGA